CAAACAUUUUACAAGGUUUUGUGUAAUCAUGCAAAUUAAACUUCUUCUUUCGUUUUCAAAGAACCAUUCUUACUGUCAGGUUAUGAAAGUAAAAGACGACAAUCAACUAGACAUGCCUUUUAAAACAUGUUUAUAUCGACUUCUUAGAGAUGACGAGGACUACAAAAAAGGGUUGUCUGCUCGCUUUCCUAACGCAGCUAAAGCAGAAGUAUCUUCUCACGUGAACGGUUUGAAGGAAUCGCCAUUUAUCUCUACGACAGCAUCAAAGGAUGCAAUAAGAGCCUUCUGUUUGCUUGCAGUAAGGCGUUCACAAACGUUAAAGAAGCGGAAAGAGGAGAAAAAGUCAAAAGAGGUAGCAAAGGACGAUAAGAAAGAAACGAAUAAAAAAUCAAAAUACAACAAGCAAGUCAAAAAUGACAGAAAAAACCCCAAAGAAAAGGCGAAAGGAGAAAAACCAACAGAUACUGAAAUAAUGAAAAAAAUGACAGUCGUUAGGAUUAAUAGAGAAGCAUUAAAAACCGAGGACGUUGAAAUCAUCGAUCUAUCAGAUGAAAAAGUCCGCAUGAGCUAUUUAGAGGGAAAUAAAAAAUUGCAAAACUAUGCUAGGAAAUACGAAGAAGUUUUAAUUAAGGGUUUAAUUCCAGCAAAAUACGUCAAAGCUGUGAAUGUGGAAGCAUUGUUUAAUCGAAAAUUUUCAACUGAAGAUUCCGAUACAUCUGAAGGUUACGAUACAUCUGAAGGUUACGAUACAUCUGAAGAUUACGAUACAUCUGAAGGUUACGAUACAUCUGAAGAUUACGAUACAUCUGAAGGUUACGAUACAUGUGAAGGUUACGAUACAUCUGAAGGUUACGAUACAUAUGAAGGCUACGAUACAUCUGAAGGUUCCGAUACAUCUGAUGAUUUCGCGGAAUAUAAAAGUGAAGAAACUUUUAUGGAGAAUUUUUAUUUGUAUUGUUGCAUCAGCAGAAAAGGUAAGAAGUUACGAUUUGGAAGAUGAACGGGAAGACUAUGAAAGAAGUCGCGACUAGGACAUAGACAUAGACAACACUUUAUUUCAUCUCAAAUCAUAUUACAUGACGUAUGAGCGAACAGUUGCUCUAAAUACAAUACAAUUAUACGUGGCAUGGUGUUAUUAAUUUCAAUUCUAAAAUAUGCUAGGAAGUAGAAUUACAUUUUCACUGAUUGGACUGUUUUGGGGGUAAGGGCGCAUCCACACUACAGCAAAUAAGUAUUUUACAGUACUGCGAAUGUGUCUCCAGCCCCAUCCCAGUCCUACACGCAAAACAAAUACUAUUUUUAUGAUUAUGGUCUAUUUGGAGCAUUUCGGCAGCGGGAAAGGGAAACUAUAACUUUUGAAACAGACUAUAUUUAACUAAGUACACAUGUCACGUGACAAUGUGUAUUGACUCGAUCACUGGGUCAAAGCUGUUAAAUGUGCGAAUGACUACACAUGGGCGUGUUUAUCGGUACGUUCUCGCAACUGAUUGGUUCGCUUGGUAAAAGUAUGCAAAAGUAUGUGCACUGACAGUGAAAAGGUUACCUGGUAUUUGUUUUGUUAGAAGUGAGGAUUGUAAUAAUAUUCAAUCAUUGUGGAUUAAUAAUAAUACAGAUGGGAGUAUCAUUGGAUGUCUAAAGAUGCGUUAGUGAGUUGAUUAGAAACAUUAUUAUGUUCAUUAUUUUAAAUACUUUGUAACGAACGCACAAAGCACAUGGGUGACAAUGCUGUGCUGGGCUUCAGCUGUCAUUGAGAAGCUAAACUGGCACAUCUUCAAAGAGCUAGUGCAGACAUGUGCUUGAAAAUAGUAUUUCAGUCGGCAUGUGCUUUGUCUCAAUUAAAUUACUUAAUUACAGUUGACAGUUGUAGGAUAGGUGCGAAAUAACGCGGUACUGUCCAAAGUUCCGGGAGCACGCACCCCAGGCCGCGGCUAGGGAUAUCCAGCACGUCAUGAGUCUCCACGGUCACAUGGAUUCCCAUGCCAUGCCGCAUUCCAAGAUGAACGAGAAGAAUAUGAAAUAAGUUGAGAUUUGGAAGAUGAACUAGAAGAAUAUGAAAGAUGUCGCGAUUGGGAUGAUGCAGGAGAAGAAUAUGACGAAUUGUCAGCGAAAUGUGCAUUGCUUAUAAUAAGCUAAGUGUAUAUUACAAUGAGUUUUCCAAAACAAGGGCAAUAGUCCAAAAGGAAAAAAGAAGGAAUAGGUAACAUGAAACAAAUUAGGAUAGAAAAUAUGCAAUUUUAAUAAUUGAAGAUUUCUAAAAACGAAAAGUUCUAAAUUACAUUUGAAUAUCAAACAUUCAAGAUUUGAAAACCGCGAUUAGUUUUGUUUUAAGUUAAUAAGUAUAAAAGUUGUUGUGUUUAACAGAUGGAUGGAACAUACUUUUUCACAUGUCAGCUUUGUCAUCAGCCCGAAUAAUAUAUCACCUUUGGCGUUUAUAUUGAAAGUAUAUCAUAAAUUGUAGGUAGAAUCCACGAAAGAAGUUUUUUUUUUAACAUUUGUGUUCGGCAUCGUAAUUCUAAGCGUGCUAGUGGGGAAACAGCUAUUUAUUACAAAGACUCUUUGAAAGAUGGUAUACAGAUUGUCCGUCACCAUAAUGAUACUGUUAUUAAGUUAGAUAAAAAUUUCUUUCGUGUUGAAAAUGACAUUUAUCUGUGUGCAGUUUAUCUGUGGUGCGAAGAUUCGCCAGCUUACAAUAUAUGUAAUAUAGAUCUAUUUGAUCUAAUUCAAAACGAUGUGUUUGAUUUUGAAAGUUAUGGGUCACUGUAUAUAAUUGGAGACUGGAAUAGUCGGGUAGGCCUAAGAAACGAUUAUAUUACUUGUGAUAUGUAUAACGAUGUCAUAGAUGUUGAUGAUUAUAUUCCAGAGAUACUGUAAUGCAUUUGGGAUUAAACUAUUAGAUCGUUGUAAAUCUACAAAUUUGCGGAUUGUGAAUGGGCGUUUAGGCAAUGAUCAUUGUAACGGUUCUUUUACCUAUGCGUCUAGACAAGGGUCGUCAGUCAUAGAUUAUUUGUUAACAAAUUAAUGUAAUUUUAUAAAAAUAAACGAAUUUACGGUACAUGAUUUUAACGAAUGGAGUGAUCGUAGUCCAUUAAAGCCCUGCUCCCCGGCUAUUCAAAUUAUUUUGUGUCUAUGCAACCAAUGAUUACAAUAGGUAACAGUUAAUGGCCACGUGCCAAACUUUAGCAUGCAAAACCACAGGUAUUUCAUAUAGAAUUUUAUAUAAGACAGACUCUAAUUUGACAGGCGUCACUGUUCAUAGUCAGGAUUUUCAUGCUUUUUUCAGUGACAAUUCAAGGUUAAAAGGUAGAACGGUAGCAGGGCUUUAACGUUCUCUUUAUUUUGUAACGUUUUAUGUAAUGAUAAUUAUACGGAAGAAAAUGAGACGUAUGUUAAACACACAUGGUCACAAGAUUUGAGAAAUGAUUUUCGGUCUGGCCUUAUAUCGAAACUGACGGAAUUAAAUACGACAAGAGAUGUUGAUUUAAAUGAUAGUACAUGCAUUGAUAGCAUUACCAAUGGAUUUACCUCUAUUAUACAUGAUGUUGCUGGUCCUUUGUUUAGCAAAAACAUGCAAGUCACAAAACUCGAAAGUUUAUUGAUGUAUCUAUUUCUGCAAAUAAAGAACUGGUUUGAUUAUGAAUGCAUACAAGCAAGACAAGUAUAUAUUAAUGCAUUGAAUAGCUUCAAUAGGAAUAAAACGAAUUAUAAUAGGGAGCAAUUUGCUACUAUGAAAAAUGAAUAUAAAAGGAGUGUUAAACAGAAGCGAAGAAAAUACGAAUAGAAAAAUAUAGCCCGUAUUGAAAAUUUACGGUAUUCAAGUCCGAAGGAGUUUUGGAAGUAUAUUACCAGUAAGAGUAAAUCUCAGCAUAAUAUAAGUUUAGACACUUUUUUAAAAUAUUUUUCCCAACUUGGAGAUGACAUAUUUAAGGCCAAAAAAAUGAAGAAGCAGAAUGUUUUUCAACAAAUUACGAUUUCAAUGAUUUGAGUGGAUCUGAUGAGUUUCUAGAUAGACCUAUUUAUAACUGUAAUAUUGGAUUCUGUUCAGACACUAAAGAGAGGUAAAUCACCUGGUAUUGAUUUAUUAUUAAAUGAAUAUUUAUUAGAAUCUAUUGAUAUUUAGUCAUUACAUUUGUGUGAUAUAUUCAAUUACUUUCAAGAUAGCGGACAUUUUCCUGAAAUGUGGACUGAAGGCGUAAUUGUACCAUUACAUAAAAAGGGCAAUAAAAGCGAUGUCAAUAAUUAUAGAGGAAUUACAUUGGUUAGCUGCUUGUCGAAAUUAUUUACAACAAUUUUAAAUAAAAGGAUAAUGACAUAUUGUGAAAAUAAUAAUAUUAUAUCUGAUGCACAGUUUGGUUUUAGAAAAGGUAAAUCGACAGUUGAUGUAGUGUCUGUUCUGUUAACUUUAGUUCAAAAGUAUGUAAAUGAAAACAAACGCAUUUAUUGUGUCUUCAUUAAUUUUAAAAAGUGCUUUGAUAGUAUAUAUAAAGACCUAGAAUUAGUUGUAUAAGUCUAUACAACAGUAUAUAGAUAUUGAUAUUUUCUAAAAUCCAUAAUAGCAAAAGAAAAAGAGAAUUUCAAACUUUGGAUCAUUGUAAAUAGAUGAGAUUUAUUGUAUCUUAUAUGGUACAAUGACCAUAUUGCGAAAUUCACAUAAUAGUAUACUCAAAGCAAAUAAAUUAAGCCUACUGGUCAAAUAAAAGUCAUAAGAAACCCCUUGUGGCAAUGUAAAACAAAUUUGACAAUCAUAAAAACUGUCUGGACCUAGCAUUUGAGCUGUUUGGGCCUAAAAUUUAAGUCAGUGUCCAGACUCAUCAAACAAAUUAAGACGCGUGUGAGUAGUCUGAUUGGCAUUUUGAAUAUUAUUUUAUGACAUCUUUAUCAUGACCAGAAAGUUUUCAAGCUGUAUCUUCUGUAUAAAAGCUGGACAAUAUCGUGGGCAGUUACAACACAUUGACUGCAGAAAUAAAAUAUAAUCGCGAAUUAUUGUCUAUUUUUUCGGCGUGCCGUUUUAAGCAUGAUUUUAUGACCUCGUAUGACCUUAUGCGGCCUGAAUAAUGUACCAAUCGGAUUGCUUGGUAAGGUUUUCUCGGUAUUUUCAGCCAUAAUGAGAGAUUUUGUAAGAGUGGCGCUGAUUGGUGAAAAUGCUUCACUCUGAGUUAUGUGUGACACUGAGUGAAAUGACAAAGCGUUCGUCAUCUAUAACCUCUAUAAGUACAGCACCAUCGGGUUGUAUGCGUACCUCUUGAACGGGUGUGCAUAACCAAAUAUUCAUCUGCUCAUCCGGAGUAAUUUCUGUUUAGUUAAGUUUCCUUUCCUUAAGUUUUGUUUUUUUUACAAAAAGGUUAUUUGUUUUAUACAGUCAAUAAUUCUUAUCCUGUAUUACAGCAACAAUUUCUAACCAGUGCAAAUCAUUACUAACCUGCAACAUGUCCGAUACUGUUAAAUUUUAGACUCUAAAUUUGAAAUUAAUCUUUCCGGUGAAAACAGUACUGUACAUAUUCUGAAUGAUAGAGAAAUUUGAUAAUAAGCUGAAGCAGGG